AUGUCGCCAAUAGAGCAUCCCAACGGCAAGUCUAUUCUGAUGGGGGUGGACGACCGGAUCCAGCGGGGGAAGACCAGAGCAUCAAUUCCUAAAGAAGGCAAUUCUACCAAUGAUGCCAGAAGUUCGAGGCAAAGUCUUAUAGCUCUGAGCGGUACGUGUAACACGAGCACAAUCGGUCAAACGAAAAGAUUGGACGAAAGUGAAUGUCCAGUUGUCGAAGAAGCAAGGGACAAAACUGCAUCCGACUAUCUUUCUUUAUACAUAUCUUGCUCUUUGAAGUUGUCAAGGAGGGGGGCUAGCGUCACCCUUUUCUGGUUGAUGAAUUUGCCGGGACGAAAACAAGACCAGAACUCGACCAUCCUUUACUACUCAUCCUACUGGAGGCCAGGGAGGGGGGCACGCCAAGGUGCUAUAUCCCUUACCAAUUGGAUCGUCUGGAUAAGGGAUAGGCAUCUGCCGAUUCUGCUAACAGACACAUUCACGUCCGAGAGAAUAGUAUACCCCUUGCUGAACUACCGAUGCUGA